AUGUCCUUGAGCAACGAUAGCGACCCCUUCGACACGCUCUCGAUCGCUGAAACCGAUGCCUCGUCCGAUUUCGAGCUGGUCGACGUCGAGAACGAUGAGGUGCGCUCCUUUGCACCAUCGUCCAUCGGCUCGGAUGCUGCCAGCACCAACUCGGAUGCUGAAUCUAGCCCACCUAGCCCGCAGCUGCAUGCAUCUCGAUUCCAUUUUCCUGACCCUGUCUCGGUCUUCCACGACGAGGAGCUCAACCUUGAGUCGAGCUCCCUCUACACUCUUCUCGCAACCUCUCAGCAGGAGCCUCAGCAGCCACCAGACCGCGCGCUUCCCGUCAUGAGCCCCAAAGAAGCUUCGCACCAGACCGCUGCCCCUGUUCUCGACCUCGGUGUCAUGGAAAAGAUGGAUUUUACGCUUCACCAGCAUAACGACGAUAAGCAAGCCGGUCCUUCGCAGCCGCAUCGCAGAUUGAUCACCAUGGCUCCCAAAGCCACCUGGUUCGUCGCUUUGUUCGCCGCUGUUCUCCUCGGCUUCAAAUCGAGCACCCUCCUCGGUUUCACCCCUGGAGCCUCUCCCUCGCACGCCGUAUCGAUGGCCGGUACCAACUGGAACGCAAAGUUCGCUUCUCCUACCCAGAUCCCCUCCGUUAGCCCCAUCGCUUCUCAGCUCGUCGAGUCGUCGGCCCGCACAGGACAUCCAGUCGCGCUGCCGCCCGGUCCAUCUGCCUCCGGCCUCACCACCAAGCAGUGCAAGAAAUUCACUCGUAAACCCGACCUUCCCCGGGCCUCUCCACGACGAUCCAGCUCUACCUCAGUUGCCCUUCAAAAGACUGCCUCGACGUCCAAGAGCCUCAGUGUCGUCAAUCAACGCUCCACCGAUCCGAGCAAGGUGCAACGUCCCGUCCGCGCCUCGGAUGCUCGCGCCAAGGAAGCAAAGAGCCAGCGCUAUGCGGCAUUUGCGGGACAGAUGGCCUUCAACGUGCACAGCGAUCUGCCCGUCUUCCCAUUCGUGUCCCGAUCUUCGUUCCUCGACAAUGCCACCACGACCUCGUGGGCCUUUUGGUUGGCCGAGCUCGACGCCUAUUACCAGCAUUCGGUGCGACCCACCAUCCUAGCAGCCAAGCAGCAAGCAUACGAAGCCGCACGUCUCGCUCAGCGCUAUCACCAAGAGCAGGUCUUGCCUGCAUUUGCUUGUUUCCGCCAACACGCCAUCCACACCGCCCAGCGAACCGCCGAUUUCACCAUCCAGUACAACCAAGAGCAGCUGCGCCCCGCUGUUACCUUUGUACGCAAACAGGCCGCUCAGACAGCUAAGCGCACCGCCAGCUACCACGAGCAAGUUCUGUUCCCCGCACUUGCACACUUCCGCGACCGCGCUGCUGACGCGACCAAAGCAGGUUCCGACGGCUUCAGCGAGGCGGCCAAGCGCUUUUCAUCCACCGCUCAGCGUACUUCGCAGUUGACCUCCCAGUACAACGAGCGAGCCUUCAGUUUUGUUCGUGAGCAGACCAGGCAGACUGCCAGACGCACGGCCGAUUACCGCGACAAUGUCCUCGUUUCCGCCGUUGCCGAGUUCCGGCUGCAAGCAGUCGAAGCCGCCAAAACCACGUCCGAGGGGUUCAACAAGGCGGCCAAGCGCUUUUCAUCCGAGGCGGCUGAAACGGUGCAGCAGGUCAAGAAAGUGACGCACAUUAACCUCGAAGCGCUCGGCAUGGACGAAUACAUCGGAUUCAUGAUGGCAACCUUCAAGUCAAUGGGCCAGAGUGAGCGCAGCUCGGAGAAGGUUGCGUGA